CCAACUUGAGCUCAUAUGCUCAUUUUUCAUAGCAACAAAACAACACAGAUUUUUCAUCUCUCUCUCCCUUUUUUUUCUCUUUAUUCAAUUCUUUCAUCAGUUACAGUAAUAAAAUAGUGAAGCAAUAUAUAUUUAUCUUUCCCAUGUUUCUCCUAUUUCAUCCAAGUAAAGUUUGAUGACAGACCAACAAAUUCCAUGGCGAAGAAAAGUGGCACUACUUCUUGGUUGACAGUGGUGAAAAAGGCGUUUAGGUCUCCGACAAAGGAUAGCGAGAAAAAGAGUUGCAGAAGGAGAGACGAGAAUCAUGAACAAGAAGAUGAAGCAAAGAAGAGAGAAAAAAGAAGAUGGCUUUUCCGAAGGCCUGUUGUUCAUGUUCAGCAAUGUGAACCGAAAACAAGCAGCACAAAUGAUCAUGAUGAUCACGUAGAAACCAAAGAUAUAAGUCGUGUAUAUAUGGUGGCUGCGGAUCAGCAAAGGCAUGCAAUUGCUGUGGCGGCAGCUGCGGAAGCUGCCGCGGUCACUGCCCAAGCUGCGGUGGAGAUAGCUCGGCUCACUAGGCCAGCUUCCAAUUUUGUAAGACAACAGUAUGCUGUUGUAGUCAUUCAAACCGCCUUUAGAGGAUACUUGGCAAGGAGGGCUCUACGUGCGCUAAAAGGGAUUGUGAAACUCCAAGCGUUAGUAAGAGGACAGAACAUGAGAAAGCAGGCGAAGCUAACACUGAAAUGCAUGCAAGCACUGGUUCGAGUACAAGAUCGUGUAAGCCAUCAACGAGCCAGGCUUUCACUUGAAGGUAGAAGGAAGUCGAUGCUUGCUGAAGUCAACACCUUAUGCGAUUCAGCAUAUCUUCACGAUAUUCGCAACAGAAGAGUGUCACUAUCAAGAGAGACAAGCCGUUGUGUGGAAUAUGACCGGGAUGAUUGCCCGCAAACAAGCGAGGAGAUUGAAGCCAAGCUGCAGAGUAGAAAGGAAGCUGCUUUGAAGCGUGAAAAGGCUCUAGCUUAUGCUUUCUCUAAUCAGAUAUGGAGAGCCCGUAGGAACCCAUCAGCCGGGAAUGAAGAAGAGCUAGAAGAGAGAACAAAAUGGCUUGACCGAUGGAUGGCCACAAAACAAUGGGAAAUGGAAUACAACACAAUUGAUAAUCAAAGAAGAGACUCCAACAUAAGAACCGUUGAAUUGGACACUUCUACGCCUCACUCUUCCUACUCAACACCAAAUGCUAGAAGAUCCUACCAAUCCCAAAAGGCCCACAUAACAGGCCCACAUUUCGGCCCAAAUAUCCCCUCCUCCCCAAUCCACAAAGCCCAAUACAAUGUCCACUCACUCAUGAGUGUGACACCCUCUCCCUCAAAACCAAAGCCUCUAAAGGUGCGUUCAGCCAGCCCAAGGUGCCCAAAAGAAGAGAGAUGUUACUCUGCGACGCACACACCGAGCUUAGUGAGCGGCGGCGGCAUGUGUCGUCAUGGGAUGGGCUCAAAUGGGCCAGCUGUGCCGAACUACAUGGCGGCCACUGAGUCUACAAGGGCGAGGGCCCGGCCCAAUAGCACGCCUAGACAGAGGCUCUCCACGCCCGAAAGAGAGCAGUACCACUCACGAGGAGGUGUCAAAAAACGGCUUUCUUACCAUAAUGUCGUUCUCGAGCCACACAAAAACGACAACAAUGGCAGUGUUGGAAUUAGGUGUGGCAGUAGUACUAGUAGCUUUGGGCAGCACUUGAGGAGCCCUAGCGUCAAGAGCUUGCAAAAUGGGUGUUAUGACUAUUAUUAUCAUGGUUUGGAGAAUUUGUCGUCUUGUUAUGCUGAGAGCAUUGUUGGGAGAGACGUUUCCCCUUGUUCAACCACUGACCUCAGAUGGUUAAAGUGAAGGAAAGGAGCUUAAUAAUAGUAAAUAAUAAUAAUAAAAGUAUUAACAUCUUCAA